AUGUCUUAAUAAGUAUAUUGGCCAGUAUACCUGGAAAACGAUAUAUGUGAUAAGUUUUGGAAUCGAGGUGAUUGUGUUUUAGAUGGUGAAAUACUUGUAACUCAAUAAUUGAAUAAGACAGAUAGAAAAAAUUAAGUAAUAAAAGAGAGAACAUAUAUAUUAACAGAAAAAGGGAUAUUGUGUUAUUAGAAAUAAAGUAAUAUAAAGUGGGUGUUGUUGACUUAUUAGAUGAGUGUUAAAUUGAUUGAUUUGAAAAUUUAGAAUAAAGAUUAGGAUCUAGUUAAAGUGAUUAGAGUAAAGAGAAAUUAAUAAGUAUAUUCAUAUUUUUGGAAUGCAGAUUUGUAAAAGUUUAAAAAUGAUUCUUCAGUUAGUAAACAUUCACUUUCUUCAAACGAUUAACAGCAUUUUGCAUUUGUUAAAAUUUUGAAUAGCUUUAUACUAUUUAAGAUUUAAUGGGUAAGGGUGGAUACUCAAAAGUAUACAAGUUGUGUCCAUUGAAUAAAUAAUCAUUUUAGAAAUAAUAUUAUGCAGGGAAAGUAUAUAAUAAAAAUGAAUUGGCAUAAAAGAAAAAUCUAAAUUGUUUAGCUUAAUUGGUCAAAGCAGAAUGUGAGAUUUUAAAGUAAGUCAAUUCUCCAUUCAUAUUGACAUUAUAUGAAAUUAUAUAAUUGGAUGAACAAUUAAGUAAAUAUAAUGAGAAUUUGAUAGUUUUGAUUACUGAAUUAUUACGUAGUGGAUCAUUGUAUAAAUUAUUAAGAGAAAAAGUUAGAAUUUAAGAAAGUGAGGCUAGUGGCAUUAUUCUUAGAGUUGCAUUAGGACUUUAGGCCAUUCAUAGGUAAGUGAAGUAAAUCUAUUCAGUAUAGGAUAUGUACAUAGAGACAUUAAAUUAGAAAAUAUCUUAAUUGAUAAAGAUUAAAUAAAGAUAAUUGAUUUUGGAUUUGCAGAAUAAAUUAAUAGAGAAGUAUUGACAUCAGGAUAAGGUACUGUUGGUUAUAUGGCUCCAGAGAUUUUUACUCAUAAACCAUAUACUGAAUUAGGAGAUGUAUUUAGUUUAGGAGUUGUUUAUUAUUUAUUAUUAACAGGGAAACCUCCAUUUAAAGGAUUAAAUUAAGAUAAUAUAAUAAGAGCUAAUCAAAAAUGUGAUAUUGAUUUUAGUGAAUAUUGUUUUGUUAAUGUUAGUCAAAAAACUAUACAUUUGGUUAAGGGUAUGUUGUAAAAGAAUCCAAAAUAGAGAAGUUCUCUAAAUGAAGUGUUAUAGAAUCUUAAAAGCUAAAAUUUAUUCUUAGAUAUUGUCUAUAGGUCUAUAUCAAUUGAAGGAUCUCAAUUAACAAAACAUGGAGGAAUGAGAUCACUCUAUUUAUAGAGUCAAUGUUCUUAAGAUUCUCCUAGGAUGCAAUAGAAAUAAUCUAAAUUGUUGAAUAUCACAUAAACAUUAGAGAAAUUUGCUGUAAAGACAAGUUCAUUUCGUCCUUCACUUUAAAAUAUUGACAAUUAUACUUUUGAUAGUGAUGAUUUGGAAGACAAUACGUUGCCUCAAUUUGUAUUAGAGUUUCUUCAAAUUUCUAACUUAAUUUUGAAUUAAUCUAAAUUACCUUGAUAAUUAUUUAAUAUGUAAAUAACAUGUAUGUUUUGUGACCAGAAACCCAAUAUGCCUAAAUUGUUAAACAUGGUAGACUAAAAAUAAAUACAGUAAGGCUCUAUAUUCCAGAUAUCAAUCCAAUAAUUCCAAUUUCCAACUUCGAAGUUCCACCAUCAUUAAAUACCAAGAUUAAGUUUGUUAUGAAGAAAAUGAAGAGUAUUUCAAAUCGUAUAUACUCUAGUUAUUUAGUUUUUACACUCUUCAAAAUUCCAAGAAGAAGCAUAAACAAUUAUUAGAAUAUUAUCGAUAUCAUACCGACAUUCCUAGAUUCUUUAUCAAAAAGAUAACAUCCUUAUUAGAAACACAUCAUGAAAAAAAAAGAGAAAUAAAAUAUAAUUAAAUCAAAUUUCAGUUGGGAAUGUUAGUUAUUCAACCUGAAGAAGAUUAACAUUUCUCAUUUAAAGCACUCUAAGGUUUGACAGAAUUAUAAACUUCAAGAUAAUUAUAGUAGUUACUUAAAUUAAUAUAAUCAAACAAAUAUGAUACAAAAAAUAUAGCAGCUAUUAUCAAAGAAUAAAAAUAGUAAAUGGCUUAACUUAAUAAAAAAGAAUAAUUAAAGAAAAUUUUGAAUAUUGAAAUAUAAUAAACAAUAACUACAAAAAGACCAACAAAUCAUACUUAACCUACUUUACUUACAUAACCUACUUAAUAUACUUCAUUUACUUAACAUACUUAACAUACUUAACCUUCAUAACAUAAUUUAGGUAGUCCUAAAAGUCAUAAAAAUAAAAUGAUAGGAUCUGAAAUAUAUGGAAAUGUAGUCAAAAAAGAAUUUUAUAAAAGNUUUUAGUGAAUAUUGUUUUGUUAAUGUUAGUCAAAAAACUAUACAUUUGGUUAAGGGUAUGUUGUAAAAGAAUCCAAAAUAGAGAAGUUCUCUAAAUGAAGUGUUAUAGAAUCUUAAAAGCUAAAAUUUAUUCUUAGAUAUUGUCUAUAGGUCUAUAUCAAUUGAAGGAUCUCAAUUAACAAAACAUGGAGGAAUGAGAUCACUCUAUUUAUAGAGUCAAUGUUCUUAAGAUUCUCCUAGGAUGCAAUAGAAAUAAUCUAAAUUGUUGAAUAUCACAUAAACAUUAGAGAAAUUUGCUGUAAAGACAAGUUCAUUUCGUCCUUCACUUUAAAAUAUUGACAAUUAUACUUUUGAUAGUGAUGAUUUGGAAGACAAUACGUUGCCUCAAUUUGUAUUAGAGUUUCUUCAAAUUUCUAACUUAAUUUUGAAUUAAUCUAAAUUACCUUGAUAAUUAUUUAAUAUGUAAAUAACAUGUAUGUUUUGUGACCAGAAACCCAAUAUGCCUAAAUUGUUAAACAUGGUAGACUAAAAAUAAAUACAGUAAGGCUCUAUAUUCCAGAUAUCAAUCCAAUAAUUCCAAUUUCCAACUUCGAAGUUCCACCAUCAUUAAAUACCAAGAUUAAGUUUGUUAUGAAGAAAAUGAAGAGUAUUUCAAAUCGUAUAUACUCUAGUUAUUUAGUUUUUACACUCUUCAAAAUUCCAAGAAGAAGCAUAAACAAUUAUUAGAAUAUUAUCGAUAUCAUACCGACAUUCCUAGAUUCUUUAUCAAAAAGAUAACAUCCUUAUUAGAAACACAUCAUGAAAAAAAAAGAGAAAUAAAAUAUAAUUAAAUCAAAUUUCAGUUGGGAAUGUUAGUUAUUCAACCUGAAGAAGAUUAACAUUUCUCAUUUAAAGCACUCUAAGGUUUGACAGAAUUAUAAACUUCAAGAUAAUUAUAGUAGUUACUUAAAUUAAUAUAAUCAAACAAAUAUGAUACAAAAAAUAUAGCAGCUAUUAUCAAAGAAUAAAAAUAGUAAAUGGCUUAACUUAAUAAAAAAGAAUAAUUAAAGAAAAUUUUGAAUAUUGAAAUAUAAUAAACAAUAACUACAAAAAGACCAACAAAUCAUACUUAACCUACUUUACUUACAUAACCUACUUAAUAUACUUCAUUUACUUAACAUACUUAACAUACUUAACCUUCAUAACAUAAUUUAGGUAGUCCUAAAAGUCAUAAAAAUAAAAUGAUAGGAUCUGAAAUAUAUGGAAAUGUAGUCAAAAAAGAAUUUUAUAAAAGAUGGUCUGAUGUUUUGAGUCAUAGAUAAUUAGAAUUUCAUAAAAAUAAAAUGAAAUCUAGUUUGCUUAAGAAAAAAAUAUCACUUAAAUGA